AUGGAUGGACCAGGUACUAUAACAUGGGAAGAAUUUGUUGAGAAUGCGAAAAGUUUUGCCCGAGUUUCAGAUGAAAUUUUGGACAGUUGGGAACUCCGUGGUGACAAGGAUCUACCUGCUCAGGCUUAUUUAGCACGUCGGGUAAAGACCUUUGUAACACGAGACUAUUUAGAUUGUCAGGAUAAUGUCGAAUCUACAAAAAAAUUAAUUAAAAAGGAUGGGCUUAAUGAUGAUGAUGAUGAUGAUGAUGAUGAUGAUGACUUAAAUGCUACUUUCCGGGAGUCAAUCCUGUGAACGUCGAGUUAGCACACAAGCUUGUACAUCACAAUGAUACGAGUCUGGGAUAUACCGAGCUGUCACAGGCCAUUCAUCCAAUUCUCGGUACGACGUUUCUUCAGCUUCAUCCUUGUAUGUCAAAGGAAUUAAUUCAAAAUACAUCAAAGAGCAAAAAUAAAUUGGUAAGCUGGCUCAGCGCUGUGUCACCUGCUGCAUUAAAUCUGCAAAUUGGAAAUGAGUAUUUCAAGCUAACGAAUUCCGAUUAUUAG